AUUUUUAAUAUCUCAGAGAUUAAGCAUCCUUAGUUCUGUUUUCUUUUACUUUGUUGUUCCCGUAGAAAGGAAAUCAGCUGAUCUAGUACACUUAAUGCUCCAAAAUUUUGAUAGUUCAACUUCAACCAAUCCGUGUCUUGGGUGAAAGAGAGGAUAUCUCGACCGUGAGAAAGAACGGGAAAUACAUAAUUCAACCACUAGGAUUAGGAUUUUCUAAAUUUGAAUAUGAAGUUUCCAGUGGUUGUUUCCUUUUGCUUGAUAUGUCAUUAUGAAUAGUAUAGAUCAAAAUUAGUUAGUUGUUGCAUGAAGGGAUUGUGCAUUUCUUGCUAGGGAGGCCACUAUUUCCUUUUCUCUCUCUUUUUUUUUUUGGUGUUUGGUGGAAAGCAUCACUUGUGCUUCUUGGAUAUCUCAGUUAUAUUUUGAUAGGAAGACAACCUCUUAUAUGUCUUUUGUACUAGUGAGAUAUGACAAAUUAUAUUUGGUUUUACCUUUCUACGGAGCACAUUCUCUUUAAUUUUAGCGGUUUGAGUUGUUCUUACCAUUAUGUAUUAAUUUCGUCAUGUGGAAUCUUGUCUCUUGGGGUCGAGUUGCUGUUUUAAAUAAGAUUUGUGAUUAGGUUUAGGUGUUUCAAUUGGUAGGUUAGAACAGAGAUAGCAAAAUGCUAUGAAUUAAUAAGCAGACUAGGUAGAGGAGUUGUUUAUCUCGGUUCGUCAAGGAUGGGACCUGAUCACGCUCAUUACCAGGAAGCGUUCGAAUUGAGUAGAGAGAUUUCAGAACUUUUGGAUUGCACUACUUGGUCAGGUGUCGGUCCAGGCCUUAUGGAUGCGGUUACAAAAGGCGCUCUGCAGGCAGGAAAUCCUGUAGGUGGAUUCAAAAUUGGUAGAGAAUCUGGUGAAUGGACAUCCUCAAAGUUUCAUCCGUACCUACCUUCAGAAUCUUAUUUUACUUGCAGGUUUUUCUCUGCAAGAAAGCACGGGCUUGUAGAUGCUGGAGUUAGAAGCUGUAGUUCUGAUAGGACUGCUUUUGUUACUCUCCCCGGUGGCAUCGGUACAUUCGACGAGGUGUUUGAGAUUCUAGCUUUGAUUCAGCUUAGGAGAAUAGGGUCAGAACUUCCUGUUCCCUUCCUGCUGAUGAACUAUGACUCUUUCUACUCGAAGUUACUCGAAUUUUUCGAUGAUUGUGAAAACUGGGGUACCUUGGCCAAGGGAGAGGUCGAUUCGCUUUGGAAAGUCUGUGACAAUAAUGCCGAAGCCCUGGCGUAUUUGGCCAGUUUUUACAAUCUAUCUCCUCAUGACAGGGUCAAGAAUGAAGUUGGAUUGGGAAGCACACAUUGAAAUCGAGUACUACAACUUGAGAAGUGAAAUAAUUUUCUACGGUAAAUCGACACGAUCUUCUUCUCAUUACCCCUUAUUCUUCUACAAGUGCAAUGUAAUCGUUUAAAAUCGUUAUUGUAGCGGUAUAUUUAACAGGAAAAGGAUUGAAGAUGCAUCGAAACCUCGAGGGAGUAUAACGAGCAAUAAUUCCUUGGGCAUUGCUCUUUGCUUGCUUACAA